CGCUCGCCCUCACUUUUCCGUUGGUUUUGACGUGUAGUUGUUGUUGGUGUUGUCGCUGCCAGACUUGUUCAUGUUUUCUUCUCCAUGCGCCUCCGUUUUGUUCCCAUCGCUCUAUCCCCAGAGUCGUCUCUUCUCCUGUGCGGCCCUUCUGCUGCUUCCCCUCUCUUUCCCUCAUUCCUUUUUUUUUUUGGGCAUACAAACCCCCAUUCCUUUUCUCGCCUCUUUUUUUUUUUCUGUUUUUUUUUCUUUUUUCCUUUCCUUAUUAUUUAGCGGGGAGGAGAGGGGAAGAAGGGUCUUUCUCUUUUCCUAUUCUUUCGUCGGCUGGUUUGCGGGGCUGCUGUUAGAUGUGGUAGCGUUGUGGGGCUCCUGAUGGGAAACUGCCAAACCACCGUCGCGACCGCCACGAGCGGCACCAGUAACGCCGCCGCCGCCGCCUCCAGGAAGAGGAGGGGGAGGGGGAACGGCACCCGAAGAGAAGGGAAGAGCAAUGGGUCGAAGUUGCCGGGGGAGGAGGAUCUGCAUCUGGUUCCGGGGCGGAUCUUCUCGAACGAGGGCAGGAGCAGCACCUCCUCCAUCUACACUCAGCAGGGCCGCAAGGGCAUCAACCAGGACGCUAUGAUCCUCUGGGAAGAUUUCGGCGUGGAAGGCGGCGUCCUCUGCGGGGUGUUCGACGGCCACGGCCCGUAUGGCCACCUCGUGGCGCGCAAAGUCAGGGAUGCUCUCCCCCUUAAGCUCCUCUCGUCUCUUCCCCUUCCUGGCGGCGGCGCCCGUCGCACUGGCCUUGGAUGCCUCGGCAGGUCGCGCGCCCCUCUAGCUUCCCCCGGCGAGGCGGAGGCGGAGAAGGAAAACGUGGAAGAAGAGGAGGCGGCGUCGCUCUCGGCCUGGAGGGAGGCGUUCGUGAAGUCGUACAAGGCCAUGGACAAGGAGCUCCGUUCCCACCCCACCCUUGAUUGCUUCUGCAGCGGUAGCACUGCUGUAAUCCUGUUCAAGCUGGGCUCGAAGCUUUAUAUGGGCAACAUAGGCGAUUCCCGUGCAGUCUUGGGGUCCAAGGAUGACAGCAGCGGUUCCAUGGUCGCGGUGCAAUUGACCGUCGACCUCAAGCCCGAUCUUCCAAGAGAAGCGGAGCGGAUCAAACGGUGCAGGGGCAGGGUGUUUGCGCUGCAGGAUGAGCCCGAGGUGCCGAGAGUGUGGCUGCCGUUUGAUGAUGCUCCUGGGUUGGCGAUGGCUAGAGCUUUUGGGGACUUCUGUCUGAAGGAUUAUGGAGUGAUCUCGGUGCCAGAGUUCUUCCACUGGAUGCUUACAGAAGGGGCCCAGUUCGUUGUUCUCGCAUCUGACGGCGUUUGGGAUGUGCUCAGCAACCAAGAAGUUGUGGAUAUUGUAUCCUCAUCUCCAACUCGAUCAUCAGCUGCAAAGUUCCUGGUUGAAGCUGCUGCUCGGGAAUGGAAGCUUAAAUACCCUACUUCGAAAAUGGAUGACUGUGCAGUGGUUUGCCUAUAUUUGGAUGGAAAAAUGGAUCCUGAGCCCGAAUCUGAGGAGAAUAGCACAUGUAGCGUGGCCUACUGCAGCCAUGAGGAGUCCACAGACGAAUCAAACGCAGCACGCAACCAAGAACCCACCUUGGAUCGAAAUUUCACGGUAAGAUCAGCAGGAAACGCAAGAAUGUCUGUCGCGGUCGAUGAAAACAGGGCAGAUAGCACGGCGGACGACCAGAGUUGGUCAGGCCUGGAAGGAGUGACACGAGUCAACUCGCUCGUUCAGCUUCCAAGAUUUUCCGAUGAGAAGGUGACUGUGUGAUGCUUGUUGAGAAUCUCAUAGUUCUGUUUGAUCCAUUGCCAUGCAAUGGUAGUUUCCUCAUGUGGAGUGAGUUGUACAUUUGCACAAUCACCUGGCAGUGCAGAGGUUUUGCUUGAACCUCGUCGUCCAACUUAGUUCAUGGAAAACGUUAAACCUGUGUAAGGCUGGCGAAACUUUUGUUGCUGUUCGUGUGAUUCUUACCACUAGACGAACCAA